AUGGCCGCGUACUGCGACCGCCUAGGCGCCUGCCGGGCCCCGCAGGGUCCUGCCCCGCCCGCGACGCAUCCCGCGAGUUAUGCGCGCGGCGACUUGAGCGCGACGGGCCCGCACCUGUGGGUGAACGCACCCGCGCUCAGCCCCGCGCCCUACGCGCCGGGCGCCGGACCCCAGCCGCCCUACGCGGCCCCCAGCUACCCCGCCCCGGGCCCCCUCCUCGCUGCCCCGGGCGGCCUGGCGGGCGCCGACCUAGCCUGGCUGAGCCUGUCGGGCCAGCAGGAGCUGCUGAGGCUGGUACGGCCGCCGUACUCCUACUCUGCGCUCAUCGCCAUGGCCAUCCAGAGCGCACCGCUGCGGAGGCUGACGCUCAGCCAGAUCUACCAGUACGUGGCCGGCAACUUCCCCUUCUACAAGCGCAGCAAGGCGGGCUGGCAGAACUCCAUCCGCCACAACCUGUCGCUCAACGACUGCUUCAAGAAGGUGCCCCGCGGAGAGGACGACCCAGGAAAAGGCAAUUACUGGACACUGGACCCAAACUGCGAGAAGAUGUUCGACAACGGGAACUUCCGAAGGAAGAGGAAAAGGAGAGGGGAGGUGAGCGCGGCGCCGCCGCCGGGGGCCGGGGGCCCUGAAGGAGCCAAGGCGCUGGCGCCCUUGGGCGCGGCCUCCCCGGACCUGCAGGCCUCGCCGUCCCCGCCCGCGCCCGAGGCCGCCGCCUGCUUCUCCAGCUUCGCCGCGGCCAUGGGCUCCCUGGCCAGCGGCCUCGGCGCCUUCCCCGCGGGCCUGGCGGGCGACUUUCCUUUCGGGCGGCCGACGGCGGUCGCGACCCAAGGUCCCCAGGCCCCCGGCCCUCCCUCGGGUUUCGCCGCCGCCCCCCAGGCCGCGGCCACCGGCCUCCACGUCAGUCACUUCAUCUACAGCCGGGAAGGGACCCAGGUUUGA